UUCUUGCUGCACGUGUAGUGCAACCGUUUUACUGGUUUUACUUUCUUGACGUUUUGCAAUUAUAUAUAAGGCCCGCCCGCACUGCACUUCCGAAGCACGAUAUGAGUGACGAGGGCCACUCUCUCCGAGGUUGUGGUGUGCAGUGUCUUGUGGCUUACGGGAGUAGGAACAAAGUUGUUACUGUCGCCGAAAAGCGUGGUGAAGAUGACGUUUGGAAUGCGCUGAAGCUGACAGACUUCAAAGACGCAGUCGGCAACGCACGACUAGAGGUGUACAAUACAACAUUUGACACUUUUGUCGACGUUCCUGAGGAUUACGUUGUCCAAGCAGGCGACAAACUAAAGUUAAUAGCGAACGUGCCUGAAGUGCCUCAAAGCUUUAUGGACACGCGUGACAGUGAAGGCUCAGACACAGUGCUGGUACUGGGACCAGAGCAGAGGAGGAGGGUCCAGUGGAGGAGUCACCAGCAAGAAUCAAAACCUACAAGCUACCUAAAGUUUCUGUCGAUAUAAGCAUGUCACUUCGGAGUGUCACAGAGGGUGAAGUACCUGCCAGUCUUCAAACACGUAUUGUGGAGUGGGUGACAACAGAUUUGAGAGCAUACGGAGUGUACCCAGGGAACCUCUACACUGAUGCUGCAAGGGCCCUUGUUUUGCAGUACCCACAGUUACGGGAUUCAAUGGGCACUGGCUAUGACUCGUGGAAACUGCGUUUCAGGUUCAGAUUUUCCUAUUUGCGUCGUGAAAUGGGUGGCGUCGAAGUGGUGAAGGAGGCUAAAGAAAAUUUGGUCGGAAAAGGAAGGCCACGAGCCCACCUGAUGUGUGCAAACGGCCAUGUCGUGUGCUAUUGUCACUUCAAUCACUUGGAAAUGUCGGUGAAGGUGACAACACCACAGUCAUCAAUCGGCAUAAAGAAUUCAUGAAGAACGAAGUAAAGCGCGUUGUGCCAAACAUGAAGACAGUUAGCGACACUAUGAAGACAACCUUCCGGCAGAGGCGUCAGUGGAUUUUAGAGAAUCAUCCAUCCGUGAGAGAAGUCCUGGCUGAGUACCCAGCACUCGCAUUGCCAGAUAUGCUCCACCAGGAAUUCCAUUUAAUCACUGGGCUGGAUGCAGAUAAGAAGCUACUUGAUGUCCUGAAUGCCACAGGAGAAAGAUGCAUAGAAAUGUUAAGGUCCCGUCGCCUUGCAAGAGAAAGCUUAGAAGACUUCCAGUCCGAACUUGACAGCCUGACUGGUGACGCUCAAAAGUACUGUUUCGCGGUUGGGGUGCUCAGCUUCCUUCCAAGACUUGUUAAGGAGAAGCCAGCUUUCUUGAAGGGUGGUGGUGCCUAUCCGUGCUUGCUGUACCAUGGUGAGAAGAUAUAUGAAGCUGAAAACAUCAAGGUCCAGUUUGAAGACUUCGAAAUUGAAGUUCUCGACAUCGUCAGCGGCGUGGCAUCAUUGAUAGAAGUGUAUUGGGUAUUUGAUAUGCAAUAUUCCCCAGAUAAUAAAAGGACGUUAGGUGUGCUUGAGUACCUUUUUGGUCUCAAGCACACACCUUUAGGUGCUCUAGCACAAAGAAUUGAGCCUCAGCGAAGAAAUGUUACACAGGGGCAGAAACGAAGACUUUUCCUGGAUGCACAGGAUCAUAAUCGUCUCCUAAAGGGCAUUGAUUCCUCGGACGAUAAGGAAGUAGGACUUAAGAAGCAAGUGAAGGAACUUCAACAAAAAUAUCAAAGGAUAAAGAAGCAAAACGACGUCUUGAGAAAAAACAUUUAA